CCGGCGGCGGCGGCGACCGGGGCCGGGGCCGGGGCUGCGGCGCGGCUGGCAGGCGGUGCCCCCUCCCCGGGCACCGGAGCGGGGUUCCCCCGGCGCCGGGCGAUGGAGCACCCGUACGGGGAGGUGAACCAACUGGGCGGCGUCUUCGUCAACGGGCGGCCGCUGCCCAACGCCAUCCGGCUGCGGAUCGUGGAGCUGGCGCAGCUCGGCAUCCGGCCCUGCGACAUCAGCCGCCAGCUCCGCGUCUCCCACGGCUGCGUCAGCAAGAUCCUGGCCCGUUACAACGAGACCGGCUCCAUCCUGCCCGGGGCCAUCGGCGGCAGCAAGCCGCGGGUCACCACCCCCAACGUGGUCAAGCACAUCCGAGACUACAAGCAGGGAGACCCGGGCAUCUUCGCCUGGGAGAUCCGCGACCGGCUGCUGGCCGACGGCGUCUGCGACAAGUACAACGUCCCCUCGGUCAGCUCCAUCAGCAGGAUCCUGCGGAACAAAAUCGGGAGCCUCUCCCAGCCCGGCCCCUACGACGGCGGCAAGCAGCCGCCCCCCCAGCCCGCCCUGCCCUACAACCACAUCUACCAGUACCCCUACCCCGGCCCCAUGGCCUCGCCGGCCGCCAAGAUGGGGGGACACCCCGGGGCGCCCGUGACCGCGGCCCACGUCAGCCUGCCCCGCUCCUGGCCCUCGGCGCACUCCGUCACCAACAUCCUCGGCAUCCGCACCUUCGUGGAGCAGACGGGGGCUCUGGCUGGCACAGAGGGGUCUGCCUACCCCCCCAAAAUGGAAGACUGGCCCAGCGUGAACAGGACAGCCUUCCCCCCGGCCCAGGCGGUCAAUGGCAUCGACAAGGCUGCCAUGGAAGGAGAUAUCAAAUACCCGCAGCCCGCCCCGGGGCUCUCCUCGGUGGGCGGCUUUCUCCCGGCCUGCGCCUACCCCCCCUCCAACCAACCCGGCGUCUUCGGCGGGGCGCCCGGCGGCUACAUCCCCCCGGGCCCCCCCUGGCAGCCGCAGGGCAGCCCCCUCGCCCACCACGGGCCCGGCGUGGCGGUGCACGGCGGCGACCUGGCCACGGCGAUGGCGUUCAAGCAGCCCGGGAGGGAAGCUGUGGACAGAAAACCUGCCAGCCCUGUGGGGAAACCUCCGGACCCCCUAAAUACCCUCCAUGGACUCUCUAUCCCAGCCUCCUCUUCCUAGAGCCGUGGAGCAGUCAUCUAGAGACAGGGACUCCUGGGAAAAGCACCUGCAAACUGUAAUCGAAGCCCAAAGUGCCACCAAACUGUAGCCAAAGUGCCACCAAACUGUACCUGAAGCACCACCGCCUCCGGCAGGUACCUGUGGGGACGAAGAGACAGCCCGGGUGGUGAGAGGUGCCAUACUCCCACGGCAAUUCCCUGCGCAGGGAUGUUUGCUCACACUGCCCGGAGGGAUGUUUUGCCUCCAUUGGAUUGGAAAAGGGUGACAGAAGAGACUCAGUCUUCUUUCUUUAUUUUGCCUUUUUUUUUUUUUUUUUUCCCCUUUGCUUUCAGUUUUUCUUUCUCCUUCCCAUGUCCCUGAAGACCAUUGGAUGCAGGGCAGUGAACACUUCUGUCCCCAGCCCCAUCUCUCGGAGCAUCACCAGCUCUGUCCCAGACCAAGGGAGCCCGUUUCCCAGUUUCUGGCUUCCCCAGGCCAUGGCCAGAUAAUCUGUGUGAUGGAGCCUUCUCUGCCCCAGCCUUCCAGUGCCUCUGCCCCGGAGUGCAAAUGGACCAGUGUGCCACAACAGUUUAUGAUCUAUUUUUAUAAUAACAAACCUUAAU